AUAUUUCUUCUCUUCUUUCUUCAAAACUAAAAACUCAGACAAAGAGAGAGACCAUCGACACUGCAAAUGGCGGAUGAAUCUCCAAAGUCUAUCUACGACUUCACCGUCAAGGAUAUCGGAGGUAACGAUGUGAGUUUGAACCAAUACAAAGGCAAAACACUUUUGAUUGUAAAUGUUGCUUCCAAAUGUGGUCUGACUGAUGCCAACUACAAGGAACUGAAUGUUCUGUACGAGAAAUACAAGGAGCAAGGGUUGGAGAUAUUAGCAUUCCCUUGUAACCAGUUCUUAGGACAAGAACCAGGGAACAAUGAAGAGAUUCAACAAACUGUCUGCACCAGGUUCAAAGCUGAAUUCCCCAUCUUUGACAAGGUGGAUGUGAACGGGAAAAACACGGCGCCGUUAUACAAAUACUUGAAAGCAGAGAAAGGAGGUUUGCUCAUUGAUGCCAUCAAAUGGAAUUUCACCAAAUUCUUGGUUUCUCCUGAUGGCAAAGUCUUACAGAGAUAUUCUCCCAGAACCUCUCCUCUUCAAUUCGAGAAGGACAUUCAAACUCUGUUGGGACAGGCUUCUUCUUGAUCAUCAGAAGAAGUUUCAAGAACUUUCGUUUGGUCCAAGUGAACUUAGAAUCAUCAACAUUGCAAACUUAUUUUCUUUAAAUCUAUCAUUCUUGUUUUAAAUAAUUGAUGUAUUCGAUGUCUUUUCAUGGGAUGAUAUAUCAUAUUAUCAUGUGACUCUCGUUUAAAGCUCAAAACAUUAAAAGUUGAAUAAUAAAUUCUAUUGGGCCAU